AUGGCCAAGGAGAAAGUGACCGAAGGAGCACAAAAGGUGCCACCCCUUUCCUUAUGUAAUGCCAACUGCCUUCCUGGUUAUGAGAAGAAAAAGAAGGAGGGGAAGAAGUUUUGUUGUUAUGAUUGUGAUCCAUGUCCUCGUGGGAUGUUCUCAGAUGAAAAGGGAUUGGAAACCUGUGCCAGAUGUCCUCCGGAUCAAUAUCCAAAUGAAGAGCAGGAUCAGUGCAUUCCCAAGAAACCAAACGUCCUAGGCUUUGGUGAAACUUUGGCCGUGGUUUCAACUUUCUCUGUGCUUUUAUUCUCUCUGAUUACAGCUAUGGUACUUGGCAUUUUCAUUAAGCACCGGGACACUGCCAUCGUCAAAGCCAAUAACAGAAGCCUCGCUUACAUUCUCCUCAUCUCCCUCCUCUUGUGUUUCCUCUGCUCCUUGAUGUUCAUUGGAAUGCCUAAUAAGGCAACCUGCCCACUCCGACAAACAGCUUUUGGCAUUGUCUUCUCUGUGGCCCUCUCCAGCAUCUUGGCCAAGACUAUUUCAGUGGUUUUGGCAUUCAUGGCUACCAAGCCAGAUUCCACAGUCAGGAAAUGGGUAGGCAAAAAACUGGCUUACUCCAUCGUCCUUUCCGGCUCCAUUGUUCAAGUGGGACUCUGUGUCUUCUGGCUAGCAACCUCGGCCCCAUUCCCGGAUGUGGACAUGCACUCAAUGACUGAAGAAAUUAUAUUCUUAUGUAAUGAAGGGUCAGUUCUCAUGUUCUAUUGCAUUUUGGGCUACAUGGGCUUCCUGGCCAUUAUCAGCUUCACUGUGGCCUUCUUAGCCAGGAAGUUGCCGGACAGCUUCAAUGAAGCCAAGUUCAUCACCUUCAGCAUGCUGGUCUUUUGCAGUGUUUGGUUCUCCUUUAUUCCCACAUACCUGAGCACCAGAGGAAAAUACAUGGUGGCUGUGGAGAUCUUCUCCAUCUUGGCUUCCAGUGCUGGGCUGCUGGGUUGCAUCUUUUCCCCUAAAUGCUACAUUAUUGUGGUGAGGCCUGAGCUGAAUAACAGAGAGCAGCUGAUACGGAGAAAGAUGUAAAGAACAGUAGAGUUUGUCAUUUCUGUAUUUAGAAUCUGUAGAAUUGUUAGCAUGGUAAUUUGCCUGUGGUUUUUUAAGAAAGGAAGUUAACUGAAGUGAUCAAAAUAACAAAAUGAUGAAAAUAACAAUAGAGAUUGUCUUACCAUUUAUGUUCUUGAUA